AUCGACUCAUCUGAAUCUGACUCUCCGAAUCAUCUCCCGUCUCUGCCCUUACCCACAAGGAUCUGUGAGUAUCGACUCAUCUGAAUCUGACUCUCCGAAUCAUCUCCCGUCUCUGUCCUUACCUACAAGGAUCUAGAACCAGGAAACAAGAUCUUCACACUGUAAAAUGGCAGAAUUCAGUAUUUCAGUAGUUCAGGAUGAGUUCAGCUGUUCAGUCUGCCUGGAUCUCCUGAAGAAUCCAGUGACUAUUCCCUGUGGACACAGUUUCUGUAUGGUGUGUAUUAACAAGUGCUGGGAUGAGGAGGAUCAGAAGAAGAUCUACAGCUGCCCUCACUGCAGACACACCUUCACCUCAAGACCUGUCGUGAGUAAAAACACCAUGCUGGCUGAGGUGGUGGAGAAACUGAAGAAGACAAGACUCCAGGCUGCUCCUCCUGAUCACUCUUCUGCUGAUCCUGAAGAUGUGGAGUGUGAUUUCUGUACUGGGAGAAAACACAAAGCCGUCCAGUCCUGCCUGGUGUGUCUGGCCUCUUUCUGUGAAGCUCACCUCCAGCCUCACUACCAAUCUCCAGCCUUUAAGAAGCACAAGCUGGUCAAAGCCUCCAGACGACUCCAGGAGCAGAUCUGCUCUCAGCACGAUAAACUGCUGGAGGUUUACUGUCGCACCGACCAGCAGUGUAUCUGCAUGCUGUGUAUGCUGGAUGACCAUAAAGCACAUUAUACAGUGUCACUUGCAGCAGAAAUAUCUGAGAAACAGAAGCAGGUGGUGGAAACACAGAGGAAAUACAAGGAGAGAAUCCAGCAGAGAGAGAAGGAGCUUCAGGAGUUAACAGAAGCUGUGGAGAAUCACAAGCGCUCUGCUCAGACAGCAGUGAAGGACAGUGAGAAGAUCUUCACUGAGAUGAUCCUCUCCAUUGAGAGUAUACGCUCUGAGGUGAGGCAGAUGAUCAGAGAUCAGGAGAAAGCUGCAGUGAGUCGAGCUGAAGAACGUCUGAAGAGACUGAAGCAGGAGAUCACAGAGCUGAAGAGGAGAGAUGCUGAUCUGGAGAAGCUUUCAUUCACAGAGGAUCACAUCCAUUUCCUCCAGGUAACAAAUACAAAGUUUAUUUUAGACUGUUUACACCAUCUAUUGAAGGAAGUGCAGAUCAUUCUUCCUCCUGAACCCAAAAGCAGAGAAGACUUCCUGCAGUAUUCCUGUCAGCUCACACUGCAUCCAAACACAGCCCAUAAACUCCUCCUCCUGUCUGAGAGGAACACAGUGGUGACCCGCAGCAAAACAGUCCAGCCAUAUCCUGACCAUCCAGACAGAUUUGAUGAAUGGCCUCAGGUUCUGUGUAGAGAGAGUCUGCUCAAACAGAGAUCUCAUAGUCCAGUUUAUGAACAGUUUGUGUGGCAGUUUGGCCGCUGCAGCGCGAGACCUGAUGGCAGGUGCAGCUACACACAACUUCUAAUGAACUCAGCCGAGCUGCGGCAGUGGGAGGAUUUCACGGCGUUCUGA